UUUACAAAGCCGACAAAAAGACGUAGGAUUGGAAAAGAAAUAAGAGCAUGUUGUGGGGUGGGCGUGCUUUGCUCACAAAAAAUGAGUCCGAUUUCUCUUACAUCCUCUAUCUCUAUUUAGGAUCACCCCUUGCAACAAAGUUUCUGGCUUUUCUCCAUAGCUCUAAAAGUUAUUAGAGUAAAGCUAAAUAAUACUAUAGCGUUAAGGGUUCUCUCUUCUUUAUUUUGUUUCUUCUUCGAAUGAACUGAAAACCCGCAAAGAAAGCAUCGAUUUUGAAUGGAGGAAGGGUACCCCAGAAGCAAGUUCAAGACGGUGUGUGUCUUCUGUGGCAGCAACUCUGGCAACCGGCAAGUCUUCAGUGAUGCUGCGAUUCAAUUGGGCAAUGAACUGGUUAAGAGGAACAUAGACUUGGUGUAUGGUGGGGGCAGUGUUGGGCUAAUGGGCUUAAUAUCUCAGAGAGUGCAUGAUGGAGGCUGCCAUGUCCUAGGGAUCAUUCCAAAAGCUCUCAUGCCUCUCGAGAUAUCUGGUGAAACAGUAGGUGAAGUGAAAAUUGUUUCAGAUAUGCACGAGCGUAAAGCUGCAAUGGCUCAAGAAGCUGAUGCAUUUGUUGCUCUCCCGGGAGGAUAUGGAACCAUGGAAGAGCUAUUGGAGAUGAUAACUUGGGCCCAACUUGGAAUUCAUAAAAAGCCGGUUGGUCUACUGAAUGUUGACGGUUACUAUAACUGUUUGCUUGCAUUAUUUGACAAUGGUGUUAAAGAAGGCUUCAUUAAGCCUGGUGCACGGAAUAUAGUUGUCUCUGCUCCAUCAGCCAAAGAACUUAUGAUGAAGAUGGAGCAUUACACUCCUUCACAUGAACAUGUUGCCUCUCAUGAGAGCUGGCAGAUGAAGCAAUUAGGUAAUUAUCCAGGACGAGAAGAUGCAGAGUGAGAGUGUUAUUGAUGGAAUGUUUUUCUCCAAAAUUGAUUUAUGAUGUGAUUCUUCAUCAUUUGAGAUGUAUACAAGAGCCUGCAUAGAUGGGGCCAUAUGUUGUUUGUUACCGUGUACUACGUUGUUGUUUUUAUGACUGGAGUGCUAAUGCUAAUACAUUUGCUAUGCUGCUUUUCUUUUUUCUUCCAUUUAA